AACUCUUUUCUUCAUUCCCAAAACCAUGGAGCGACACUUUUUCAAUUCCAAAACCUUUUUCUUUCAUUUCCUUCUUUGGUUUCAUCUUUCAUGGAUGAUCGCCUCAGCCACAUCAGGCUUUCACUCUGAUGAACUCGCUUUACUUGAUUUCAAGCAACGAAUAACUCAAGACCCUCUUCAGAUCAUGAGCUCCUGGAAUGAUUCUAUCCAUUUCUGCAAUUGGACUGGUGUUACAUGCAGUCCAACUGAUGGAAGGGUCACAAUCUUGUACUUGAAAUCGCAAAAGUUGGCUGGAUCGAUACCAUCUUCUAUAGGAAACCUUACAUCUCUUACUACUAUCAACUUGCAAAACAAUAGCUUCCAUGGUGAAGUUCCUCAAGAAAUAGGCCGUUUAAAGCAAGUGCAAACUCUCAACUUCACCUUCAAUUACUUUGGUGGGAGUAUUCCAACGAAUUUAUCUCGUUGUACAAAUCUUAGAGUACUUGGAUUUAGUUACAACGAGUUUAUUGGGCAGAUUCCGGACCAGCUUAGUUCAUUGUCGAAACUGGUAUAUCUGGGACUUGGAGCUAACAAUCUUACAGGAAGAAUUCCAGCUUGGAUUGGCAAUAUUUCUUCUCUUCUCAUUAUGUCCCUUGCGCGAAAUAAUUUACAAGGGAGCAUACCCAAGGAACUAGGUUUGAUAUCAGGCUUGAGACUUUUUCAACUUUUUUCCAAUAAUCUGUCUGGUACCAUCCCUACUUCAAUUUAUAAUCUCUCUUCUAUAUACUAUUUCGCUGUUGCUCAAAACCAGCUGCAUGGGCAGCUGCCCUCAGAUGUUGGUCUCACUCUCCCUAAUCUUGAAAUAUUUUCUGGCGGUGUUAACUAUUUUACAGGAAGUAUUCCUGAAUCAUUGUCAAAUGCUUCUAAUCUUUCCGUCAUUGAUUUUUAUGGAAACAGCCUCACUGGGAAUAUUCCAGAAAGCUUUGGAAGCUUGAAAGGUCUAAUUAGACUUAAUUUUAACUAUAAUAGACUUGGAAAGGGGGAAAUUGAUGAAUUGAAUUUUUUAUCUGCCCUGGCUAAUUGUACUAGUCUUAAAGUGUUGGGUCUUUGUUGUAAUGGUUUUGGUGGAGAGUUGCCUAGUUCCAUAGGAAACCUUUCAACUCAAUUGCAAACUUUAAACUUUGGGAUGAAUCUUAUUCAUGGGAAUAUCCCUCCUGGGAUCGGAAACCUAGUUAACCUAGCUGUCUUAACGUUUGAUGAAAACUACUUGAGUGGUAGUGUUCCAGCUGAAGCUAUUAGGAGGCUCCAGAAUGUAGAGGUCUUGUCUUUAGAUUCCAACAAGUUUUCUGGGAUAAUACCAUCCUCCCUCGGUAACCUAACUAAAUUAUUUAAGCUUCUUUUGAACAGUAAUGAAUUUGUAGGAAACAUACCUCCAAGUCUUGGAAGGUGUCAAAAAUUGCAAGAAUUGGAUUUAGAUAGUAAUAGUCUAAAUGGCACCAUACCCAAAGAAGUUUUCGGUCUUUCUUCCAUUUCAAUUUAUUUGCGAUUGUCUAAUAAUUUUUUGACUGGUUCACUACCACUUGAAGUGGGUAACUUGAAAAAUCUUGGAGAGUUGGAUGUAUCCAAGAACAAAUUAUCAGGUGAAAUUCCUAGUAGCCUUGAUAGUUGUACUAGUUUGGAACGUCUGCACUUGGGAAGUAACAUGUUUGGAGGGAUUAUUCCUGAAUCUUUGAAAAGUUUAAGAGGUUUAGAGGAAUUGGAUCUUUCUUGGAACAAUUUAUCUGGCCAAAUUCCUGAAUUUUUCAGCCAAUUUUUGUUUCUCAAGUAUCUCAAUCUUUCUUUUAAUAAGCUUGAAGGUUAAGUACCCAAGUAAGGGAUAUUCGCAAUUGCAAGUGCCAAUAUUUCACUUAUUGGAAAUGAAAAGCUUUGUGGCGGUGCUCCAGAACUACUUUUAAAUGUAUGCUCAACAAAAGGUUCUAAAAAGUAUAUUAAUAAAGAGGUAGUAAUCUCAAUAAUUAUUGGUGUUACAAUUGCAAUUCUGUUGGUGAUUUCUUUUGUUUUAUAUUACAAAAUGAAAUCUUCACAGACAAGUUUCAAUACAUCUUCGAUUGAUAGACAGUUAAGUCUGUCUUACUCUGACAUUUUAAAAUCAACUGAUAACUUUUCCAAUGAAAAUUUGCUUGGUGUGGGUAGUUUCAGUUCUGUCUACAAAGGUGCUCUUUCUAGUGAUGGAAAAGUUGUAGCAAUUAAGGUGUUAAAGGUUCAACAUCAAAGAGCCUUAAAGAGUUUCAUUGAUGAAUGCAAUGCUUUGAAAAGCAUACGACAUCGUAACAUCCUCAAGAUCAUAACUGUUUGCUCAAGUGUUGAUUAUGAAGGUAAUGACUUUAAAAGUCUUGUUUUUGAGUUCAUGUCUAAUGGAAGUUUGGACAACUGGCUACAUCCGGUGCCUAACGAGCAAUCUGCUGGAAUCAAGAACUUGACCCUUAUGCAGAGACUAAAUGUAGCAAUUGAUGUUGCUUCUGCUUUUGAUUAUCUCCAUCACCAUUGUCAGACUCCAAUUGUGCAUUGUGACCUCAAGCCAAGCAAUGUGCUACUUGAUGAAGAUAUGACAGCCCAUGUUGGUGACUUUGGAUUGUCGAAGUUCCUUUUUGAAUCAUCAGAUAAUGCCUUGCAAAGUCAAAUAACAUCAGCUGCUCUAAGAGGUUCUAUUGGCUACAUCCCUCCAGGAGUUGAUCUUUGUAAUAAUAGCCUCACUGGGAAUGUUCCAGAAGGUUUGGAAGCUUGCAAGUCUCAUUAG